CAUUGCAGCAAAGUGUCAUUUCUUCAGUGUUGUCACAUGAAAAGAUAGAAUCAAAUAUUAAAAAAAUGUGAGGGUUGGAUUCACUUUUGUGUAUAUUGUAUAUAAAUACAAGAAAUAGCAUUAUACUGUGGUGGAAGAAAUACCAAGUUUGUAAAUUACAAAUACCACACUGAAAAUACUCCAAUGCAAGUAAAAGUCCUGCAUUGAAAACCUUAAGUAAGUAUUAUCAUGUGGCGACCGACUAAAGGCUUACGUUGUACAAGGAAAAGAGAUUUUGUGAUACACAUGAGAACCCACACAGGUGAGAAACAGGAUAUUUUCACCAGUGUAGAAAAAGUUGCAUAGACGCGUGAAUCCAAUCUGAGGAGAGUCCUUAUAUCUGCUCAGUUUGUAGUAAGGGUUUUUGACAACACGUUUUGACCCUACGGGAGAUUCAGCUGCAGUGUGAGAAGUAUACUAAACUUUGAUUCCUCCAAAAUCACAUAUUACAUAUAGAUAUUUUGCUAUCAUAUAAUUUGUUAUAAAUGUUAGUUUGCUGUCCAUGUAGAGUGAACUAGAUGUCUGCGUGUUGAUUAUAUGCUCUGAUAAUUAUAAUCCAACACAUCUCUGUAGUAGCGUCCAUGUUGAUUCCACAUUCAGACUUAAGAGCACAUGAACACACACUGAGGAGGAGCACCUGAAUGCACAGUGAGCCUCUUGCAAUUUGCGACCCUCACCACUAGAUGCCACUAAAACUUACACAUUAAACCUUUAAUGUACCGUACAGUCCAAUACACCCUACAACUAAACAAUGAUUCUGCCCCAACAUCCUGUUUUGGUCUGGGACAGGCCAGAGAAACUCGUCCUCUUCGUCCUCUUCCUCCUCUUCCUCCUCCUCCUCUCUGGUGUCCUGAACAUCUUCACAUCUCUCUGGAUCCGUUGUUCCAAAACUGAAUGGACUGACUCAGCCCUUUUAUUUAUCUAUUGAAGGUUGUGAUUGGUUUGUGACCAAUUAUGAAUAUUUGCUUCCACAAUACACCAAGGCAAGUUUAUUUGUAUAGCCCAUUUCAACAACAAGGUAAUUCAAAGUGCUUUACAUAAAACAUAAAAGCAACAUAGGGAAAUUGAAAAAAUACACAUUCAAAUUAUUCUGCCCCAGCAUCCCGUCUUUGGUCUGGGACAGGCCAGAGAAACUCGUCCUCUUCCUCCUCUCCCUACCGCACUUCCUCCUCCUCCUCUCUGGUGUCCUGGACAUCUUCUUCACAUCUCUCUGGAUCCGUUGUUCCAAAACUGAAUGAACUUACUCAGCCCUUUUAUUUAUCUAUUGAAGGUUGUGAUUGGUUUGUGACCAAUUAUGACUCUUUGUGUUUCCACCUGGGUAGCUGUGAGCUAACUGAGCUCAACCUGUGCUGACUUGAGUGAACAGUAUUGAAUGUUAGUGCUUUCUAAAUGACCACAUGGUGUAGGCAAUGAGAAAUGAAGGGAUUUGUGUGUAGAGUUUUGCAGAGACAGUUCAACAAACCUGAAUCAUGUGUUAAAGCAGUUUAGGGAAAUGGGUGUGCUUUUUGACAAAUGGCAUUAUGGUUUUAUUAUUAUAGUUGAAAAGCCUGAUUAUUUUGUUUAAGCCUUCAAGAAAAACUGCAAUUUACCUUUAAGACACCAGAGAACAUGAACUGACAUGUCAUGUUCAGCAAAGUGCAGCAUGACCUGCCGUCAGUCACCAAAAUGUUGGAUGGACACCAGAGAAAAUAAAAUCCUGGGGAAGUGUAGUACAGACUAAAGUGAAUCAAACUAGUCUAUUAAUAAUGUAAUUUAUUUAGAAGCUGCAGUCACACCUUUCACUGUAUACUGGUGAUUUCUAGUUACAUCAGAUCAGAAGUAAAAGUACUCUAUUACAGGUAAAAGCAAUGCAUCUGUAAAAGUGUCUUUAAAAUGUAUUUCAAGUAUUAAAAGGUACCUCCAGUGCAAGAACCUUAAAACCGUACUUAACUACAAAUUUGAGGUACUUUUACUUUACUUGCGUCAUUUAUUUUCGUGCCACUUUCUACUUAAACUCCGCGACAUCUCGGAGGGAAAUAUACUUUACAUAUGAAGUGUUUAUAAAAUAUAAUGUUUUGUUUUAAAUAUAAAUGAAGUACUGCUGAAACGAUUAGUCAAUUAAUUGCCAACUAUUUUGAUUGUAUAAAAACAUUUCAUCGUUUCAGCUUCUCUCAUGAUAAUUUGCAAUUAAAAUCACUUUUGUGUUUGAUUAUUUUCUGAUGGACAGAUGAUACAUAAUUUUUAUUUUUUAUUUAGUUUAUUUACUUACUUGUAUAUGUUGACUACCUCUGGGAUGAACAGUGUUGUGUUGUCUAAAAUAAAGAGAGUGCUGCUCUUUCUGCUUCUUAGUUCAUCAGAUAGGACUUUGUUCUUUCUACACAAACUUUUAUUUUGAAGGUGUGGGAAGACGUGGUACCGGAAGCGCAUUUCCUUCCUUUGUCAGCACGCCAACGUGUUCGUGUGUUCCCGGAGUGAACUAGAGCCUGUAUGUCUGGAUAAACCUUCUUUUAUACAGUCAGUGGGAUAAACGUGUUAAAGUGGAAACUUUGGUUUCACCUUUCAUCUCCUGUUAGCCACGAAUGCUAACUGAAGUUAGCUUAGCUUGCUAGCUGGAAAUAGACGGAACUCGGCCACACAGCGCUGGUUGGAGGAACUCUGAGUCCAAACUGUGUUUUUCAUUUGUUUAAAAUGUCUAAAGUCCAGAUGCUGAGAGGUUUUAUCAACCAGCGACUAACUGCGGCUGCUGAAGAGAUAUUUGGGCUGUUUGAAAGAACGAUAUCAGAGUACGAGGAGGAACUCUGUCGUUCCAAAGAGGAGAACCAGAGACACAGGAAACUACUGGACGCUGUUUUCCAGCCUGAAGUCCGGUUACACAGAGCAGCUGUCCAGCAGCUGUUGGUGAGUAAAGAAGAGGUUCCCCCUGAGCAGCAGCAGCAGUGGAGCCCCAGGCUGGACCAGGAGGACCCACCAGAGCCCCCACACAUUAAAGAGGAACAGGAGGAACUCUGGACCAGUCAGGAGGGAGAGCAGCUUCCAGAGCUGGAGGAGGCUGAGAUCACAGAAUUCUUAUUCAGGGCCUCAUCACAGGCACUGAACGGUAGAGCGGACACCGACUUCAACUGCGUGCCAAAUGAACAGACCAUGGCCUUCUCAUGCUUGGAAACACAGCAGACAGAUGGACAUGCAAGCUGUCUAACUCCUCCGUGUGCACCCUCCGACUAUCCUGGAUUAUCUUUGACACAAACACAGAACUCGUGGACCAGCCGGGUUGAGAUUCCUUGGGACAAGAUGCCAGCUUCACUCUCAAAGGCAGUUAUAGGAGGUCAGAGAGCUAGCCCUGCAGACAGAAGAGCCAUGGUGAGAGCCGUGGUGGGGGUCAUGCAGGAACACUGCCCAAACCCCAACAGGGCUGCCUGUGUAGAGAUAGCCAAAACGAUCGUGUCCAGAUAUCCUUUGACCUUUGCAGACACAACUGGUGAAGGUGAACAGCUGGGAGUAGGUUACUAUUCACUCGUCAAUCAACUUAAGACAAGAGUUGAACACGUGAACCGAAACAAUUUAUCUCACAGGAUAAGGCGACCAAGGACAACGACUCAAAGCAGCGCUGCCACAAAAACAGUGCGGUGCAAAGUCGACAGCUACGGUUGCAUAAACUGGCAGCCAAAAUCUUUACCAGAAGGAGAGACUUUUAAAUCUUUAGAGGACAGGAGAAAAACUCUGACAGCCAUAUUUCGGGCCGCUGGCCCCAGAGCUGCAGACACGCCAGAUAUCGACGACUCAAUGAGUUUAACGUACAUUUAUCAACGACACACGAUAAACUCCUGCCCUCCUCCGAGCGUCAGUGUGAUUGAAGAACAAUGGCCUUUCCUCUUUACUAAAAGAGGACUCUGCGCCCAUUUCAAAACCCUCACAGGCAUUGAUAUCUGUGAUCGAGUAGCAGAGGCUCUUCAAAGCAAGGGGAAGAGGAUCAUAUACUUCUUCCAAAGGCAGAGUGAGAGCGGAGACGUGCAGAGUGAGAGCGGAGACGUGCAGAGUGAGAGCGGAGACGUGCAGAGUGAGAGCGGAGACGUGCAGAGUGAGAGCGGAGACACAACGACCAUGCAGCCGAACCGGACCGGCAUAGCGGCAGUGCUUCUUUUAAUGAAGCACUUUCAUGAGAAAGAAGACUCCAUCUUCAUUCUGGUUGAUCCAACUGCAACAAAGGCAUCCAUUGAGAAAGACACGACCCUACCAGCCACACCAAGACUGAUAUUGCUUGGGAAAACGUUUCUCUCAGCAACAAAGUGGAUGGUGAGCAUCGAGGGAAAGGUGGCCUUUGUCUUGGAGGAGCACCUGGGUUUUGCAGACGCCUUGUCUGUGUUUUUUGGAUGCUUCUAUGUUUUCAACAUAGAAUACCAGGAGCCUGCGUGUGCGACCCUGGAACUCAUACAACGAUACUUUGUUAGGUUAAACCCAGAGAACGGAACAAAGUGCACCGCAAAAACCGGAGUGAGUCGUAAGACAGGAGAAAUUGUAAAGAGGAAGAUGGCAGUCGUCAACAACAGAGUGUCAUCCUUCAUCCGCCAGCUAACAGAGUUGGAGUGAAGAGCUUAGAUUAGAUCUCUAGCAGCUGUUGGUGAGUAAAGAAGAGUUUCACCCUGAGCAGCAGCAGUGGAGCCCCAGGCUGGACCAGGAGGACCCACCAGAGCCGUCGCACAUUAAAGAGGAACAGGAGGAGCUCUGGAACAGUCAGGAGGGAGAGCAGCUUCAACGGUUGCUGAAACGCAAAGGAACCCAAAUACAAGUGAAACCAUUUAGUUGCACAGUUUGUGGUAAAAUAUACCCCAGGAAGAAAUGCUUAAUGGCUCAUAUGAAAUUGGAUGGAUGGACUUUUCAGCUGCUCAGUUUGUAAAAAAAUCUUUCUAUGGAGAAGAGAUUUGGUGAGGCACAUGAGAAUUCACACCGGAGAGAAACCCUUCAAAUAUGCAGUCUGGUAAAAGAUUUGGAAUUAGCUCAACUUUGAGUUCACACUUAAGAUUUCCUACUGGAGGAGAAACUUAAUGUAACUGUCACUCUUGGAGACAGUUUGAUCAAACACAUGAGAUUUCAUACAGGGGAGAAACCAUGUAGUUGUUCAGUGUGUGGUAAGAUAUUUGCACGAAAGGAUCGUCUGAGACAAGAAACCAUUUCGUUUUUGGUAAAAGAUUUGCUCAACUUGGAACUGUGAGACGACACUUGACUGUUCACCUAGUGGCAGGGUUUGUGAUAAAAGAUUCACUGAGCUCUGUGGUGUCAACAAACACAAGUUUGUUGGUGAGAGCAGUAGAAAUAAAUUAAGCUACUUUAGAGAGAUCCUGCAUUCAAAACUUCACUCAGGUAAAAGUAUUUGAGUGUUAGUAGAAAGUCUUAUACUAUUCUCUGGUAUAGAAUAUUCUCAGGGAGGUCUAGCUUGGAGUCCUUAGCUGACCCUAAAGUAUGUUUUGAGCAGUGUGCCUAUAUUUUUGUAUUGGAUGAACAUUUGACGAAGAAAAAAGACUCCUUUUGUUUUUUGAACCAACAACAAUUGAUUUAUGGACUGAAUUUAAUUUGCUUCUUUAAAUUAACUGAACUGUUUUUUUUGGACUGAAUUGAACUGAACCCUGAGUGGAAAUGUGAAUUGUGUUUAUUGUUUUGUUUAUGUGAUACAUUUUUAUUAAUAGAAGUUGCCUUUGUCGCAUUUUAGAGUUUUAUGGUACACUGGUUAUUUGCAUUCAAUGUGGUGGUCCAUAUCAUAAUAAUAUCCUUUGUGACAGUUGGUGGGUCAAAACUUGGUGGCACCCCAAAAACGCCUGAAAGUCAAACUGUCACAAUUUGACGUGUUCACAUGUUGUAUCUCCUCGGCCAGACCGUUCUCAUCUCAGGGCGUCCAAUACCAACGCUUUCAGAAAAAAUUACUAAGUACCCAUACACAUCCGAGACUGCAGCGACAUGGAUUCUUUCAAAUCACUUAUCAAACCCCACAUCUUUAGACUUAGCUUUUAACCUCAAAUAAUGUUAUAUUGCACCUGCUGCUGUUUGUUAUUUUGUUAUUUAUAUGGACGCCCCUUCGCUCUUAUGUAUUUAUGCACCACAAGUUUUUACCUACUGUUCAUAUAAUUUAUAAUUUUCUAUUUAUGUUUCUAUCUGUUAUAAAUGCACAUAAUUUCUGGUUUUACUGUAAAGUGUCCUGAACUAUAGAAAUAAAAUGUAUUAUUAUCAAGUGUAGUUAUUUGACGUCUGUUAUGAGAAAUUACAUUUUUUUAAAAGGUUAGAAAUGUGAUGAGAUCAUUGUGUGGCUGGAUUGGGGAGCUGUGUAUAUGUACUAUAUAUAAUUAGAUCAGGUUUGGAUUAUGGGAGUGUAUGGACCUACGUCAAAAACAGCUUGGAGGAUUAGAUGUGAUCCGGGCUCUCAGAUUAUAUAUGGGAGCAAUAAGAGCUUCACCAGUGCGCGGCCUACAAGCCAUGACCGGAGAAAUGCAACCGUGUUUAUGCAGAAAACCGCUCUGUGUUUGUUAUUGGAUACAUCUGGGAGGUCAUGGAGAUAGUUAGUUUGUUUGUCCAGCUGGGAUGUGGUCUGUGUGCGGUUACUAUAAACUCUGGUUGUACAAAAGACUAAACCUUUGUUUAAUAUUUAUUCUAUGUUCUUAUUUUGAACCGCAUUGUUUAAAUUUUGAUAAAUGU